UCCCAAGCUGCUGCGCUGAUCCUUCACUCUCCGGCAACAAGCUGGAGUCCGCCUGCCGCCUCUCCUUUAUCACUGGCCACCUGCCUCUCCGAGAAUAACACACCAAAAAAGCUCAGUGCGAGCACAACCACAGCAAGGAGGCGAGACAAGAUCCUUGACCGGUUCCUCAGUGCCACCUUUUCGGCUUCCAAACACACAACCUCCUCUCCCCUACCUACCCCUGUCCUGCGGGAGGACAGGCUGCGCACAGGAGCGCACUUGGCGACCCGGGUUUGUUGUCGUUACCAGGAGAGGAGCGCACAGCGAGCCGAGCCAUAGCUGGUAUAGCUCUCAUUGAACCGGGCUGUCCCCUCGGCGGAGACACUUGCAUGGAUGCACCAUGGCCACGUUUGUCUGCAGGGUUCAGUUUUUAGAUGACACCGAUCCGUUCAACAGCACGAAUUUCCCAGAACCGACGAGACCACCGCUGUAUACCUUCAGGGAGGAUAUCCCACUCAUCAACCAGUUAGCAGGCAUCCACCGGCUCCUCAAAGCUCCGCACAAGCUUGACGACUGCACGCUGCAGCUCUCCCACAAUGGCACCUAUCUGGAUCUGGAGUCCUCUCUGGCCGAGCAAAAGGACGAACUGGAGGGCUUCCAGCAGGAUGACACAGGGUCCAGAGGGAAGAAGCACAGUGUUAUUCUUCGGACCCAGCUGACCGUCCGUGUACACGCCUGCAUCGAAAGACUGUAUAACUCCAACGGACGUGACUUGAGAAGGGCUCUGUUCUCUCUAAAGCAAAUUUUUCAGGAUGACAAAGAUCUGGUCCAUGAGUUUGUGAUGGCUGAAGGUCUGACAUGUCUCAUCAAGGUGGGAGCAGAGGCUGACCAGAACUACCAGAACUACAUAUUAAGAGCUCUGGGGCAGAUCAUGCUGUACGUAGACGGGAUGAACGGUGUCAUCGGGCACGCUGAGACGAUCCAGUGGCUGUACACUCUUGUUGGUUCAAAGUUCCGUCUGGUGGUGAAAACAACUCUGAAGCUGUUGUUGGUGUUUGUGGAGUACUCCGAGUCCAACGCCCCGCUGCUGAUAGAUGCCAUCACCUCCGUGGACGCCAAGAGAGGAUGCAAGCCGUGGUCCAAUACAAUGGAGAUCUUGCAUGAGAAGGAUGGAGUGGACACAGAGCUGUUGGUCUAUGCCAUGACCCUCAUCAAUAAGACACUUGCAGCGCUGCCUGAUCAGGACUCGUUUUACGAUAUGGUGGAUGGUCUGGAGGAACAGGGCAUGGAGACAGUGUCCCAAAGACACCUGGGCCGGAAAGGCACCGAUCUGGACUUGGUCGAGCAGCUCAACAUCUAUGAGAUGACCCUACGGCAUGAAGACGGCGACGAUGACAGCCAGCCUCCACCAACGGGACGCCGGGACCGCCGACGAGUCAGCCUAGGAGGUGGGGACAAAAAGCGUGGCCUGGAGAGAAGGCGGAGCCGCAGGGCCUCUCUUGGGCGAUCCGGUCACGCCUCUCCCUGCAGCCCUGCGUCCCCACAAAGAGCUGGCUUCCAGCCUUUCAAUGGACAGAGAGCUGAGGACAUGAGCGAGAGACAUCUUCCAUCCAUAGUUCACCGAACAACCGUCCAGUCCAUCACCAUCACUUCCAGAAAGGAGAAUAUAAAAGAGGAGGAGCAGAGGAAUUGGACUGAACCACCUCCGGCACCCACCCUCCACUCCCCCUCUACCCCCACCAUCUCUCCUCCCGUCUCCUCCCCUCUCAGCCCCCCGGCCCAGCCUUCCCUUCUGGCCACCCUGCUGGCCAGGAAGAGGUCCAUCAUCACAGUCCCAGCCACCAAGGAGGUCAGCCCGCCAUCACGGGGCAGCACCCGUCCCUCCCCGGAACACCUGCCCUACCUGCCCCACUCCCCCUUCCACCUCUUCUCCUACGACCUCGAUGAGGAGCCAUCACCCCCGGCUCCACCCAUUGAGGAGUCACCCAAAACAACGUCUCCCAGGAAUGGAGGUCUCAGUUCCUACUCGUCUCUAAGCAGCCCGAGUACGCCCACCAACUCCAGGCCUGCUUUGGGAGGUCUUCUGUCGUCCUCGUACCGACAACAUCAGGAAUCUCUGGCGGCUGAGCGAGAGCGCCGCCGCGUGGAGAGAGAGGAGAGACUGCAGAGGAUAGAGAGAGAGGAGAGGAACAAGCACAGCCGCGACUAUGUGGAUAAAAUGGAAGAGGCCAGGCUCGCACGGGAGGAGAGGUAUAAGAACGUGGAGCGUCUGGCAGCGGAGGAGUUCGAAAGGGAGCACGUCCGCGUGUCAAGGACUCGCCCCGACCUCAACCUGACCUUUGAGCCUUCGGAGGCCUGGCCCUCGUCAUCUCGCAGCAGCACCCCAUCCUCCUUCGCCUCCCAGGAGGACGCAGAGGCUGACCUUGAAGCCCAGACCCCCGCCACCCCUUACACACCCUCUGAGACUGGAGAGGCGGAUGACUCCAGUGCCAGUGUAGAAACAGAGGAAAAAGAGGCCACUGGUGAAGAGGAGGAAGAACAGAAAGAGGAGGAAGCGCCAGAGGAAGUACAGGAGGAAGUAGGGGAGGAAGCAGCAGCAGAAAAGGAGGAGGAAGGAGAAGAGUGUGAGCAGGAACCAGAGAAGGAGAAAGAGGAGGCGGAGGAGGACAGCGGCAUCCUGAGCGACAAAGAGCGACAGAAUGAGGAAGUGAAUGAGAAGGACAACUGCUCUGCCUCCAGCAUCUCCUCCGCCAGCAGCACUCUGGAGAGAGAGGAGAGGGGGAGCAGUGAGAAUGGCCUUAAGGAGGCAGAGGUGAACGAGCAGUGCAGCAAACUCCUCAACAGCAAGCUCUUCAUGCUGGACAUGCUGUACUCCCAGAACAAGAAGCCCAGUGAUGAGGAGGAAGAGGAGGAGGAUGUGGAGAAGGAGAAGGAAAAAGGAGAGGGGGAGGACAAAGAGGCGCUGGAGGAUGCUGACGUGCAACCGGACGACAACCAGGAGAGCGACCGCAAGGCUGACAGGACAGAGCACCAUGGGACCAUCCGACCGUUCGCCGAGCGGUUUGGAGACUUGAUCAAGGACCUCGGUUCGCCCCACCCUCACCCGGAUGUCCCAGCCAACGAGCCCCCUCCUCCACCACCCAAAAAGGAAUCAGAUACAAUCUGGGACCAGCUCCUGGCCAGCCCCCGAGAGCUGCGCAUUGGGGACAUUAACUUCACCGACCUGACGGAGGAAGAUGACAAGGACAUUCUGGAUGCUGUUUUGAUGGGAGGAUGCGGUGACCUCCCGCCCCCACCGCCUCCUCCACCCUGUAUACCCCGCUUCCCACCACCUCCACCCAUGCUAGGCAGCUGCCCCCCACCCCCUCCACUGAUUGGAAUUAUGAGGCCUCCUCCUCCUCCUUCCUUCAGUGCCCCAAUUCCAGUGCCUCCUCCUCCAGAGCCUCCACUCUUCAACAAGAAGAAGAAGACAAUACGGCUCUUCUGGAGUGAGGUGCGUCCGACAGACUCUCAGUACAGGGACUAUAAACGGAGCGGAGACUCGCUCUGGUCCAAACUGGAUCCAGUGAAAAUUGACACAGCCAAACUGGAACACCUGUUUGAGUCGAAAUCAAAGGAAAUGCCAGUUACAAAGAAAACAGCAGCAGACGGCAAACGUCAGGAGAUCAUCGUUUUGGAUUCAAAGAGGAGUAACGCCAUCAACAUCGGUCUGACGGUGCUGCCUCCUCCUCGCACUAUCAAGACGGCCAUCCUUAACUUUGACGAGUACGCACUCAACAAGGAGGGCAUAGAGAAAAUCCUGACGAUGAUCCCCACAGAGGAGGAGAAGCAGAAGAUCCAGGAGGCACAGCUGGCCAACCCUGAUGUCCCACUGGGCUCAGCAGAGCAGUUCCUCCUCACUCUGUCCUCCAUCAGCGAGCUCUCUGCCCGACUCCAACUAUGGGCCUUCAAGUUGGACUACGAGGCAACCCAGAAGGAAGUUGCAGAGCCUUUGCAGGAUCUGAAGGAGGGUAUGGAACAGCUGGAGAAGAACAAAACUCUCCGCUACAUCCUCUCCACACUACUCUCUAUGGGAAACUUUCUCAAUGGCACCAAUGCGAAAGGCUUCGAGCUGACAUAUUUGGAGAAGGUUCCAGAGGUGAAGGACACGGUUCAUAAGCAGUCGCUGCUGCAUCACGCCUGCUCUGUGGUGGUGGAGAACUUCCCUCAGAGCACCGACCUCUACUCCGAGAUUGGAGCCAUCACGCGAUCUGCAAAGGUGGAUUUCGACCAGCUGCAGGAGAACCUGUGUCAGAUGGAGCGGCGCUGCAAAGCAUCAUGGGACCACCUGAAGGUGAUCGCCAAGCAUGAGAUGAAGCCCCAGCUGAAGCAGAAGAUGUCUGACUUUCUCAAAGACUGCGCCGAGAGGAUUAUCAUCCUCAAGAUUGUUCACCGCAGGAUCAUCAACAGGUUCCACUCAUUCCUGUUGUUCCUCGGUCAUCCGGCUUACAGUGUGAGAGAGAUCAGCGUCCACAGGUUCAGUAAAAUCAUGAGUGAGUUUGCGCUGGAGUACCGAACCACCCGAGACCGCGUGCUGCAACAGAAACAGAAACGAGCAGACCACCGUGAACGCAACAAGACCCGAGGAAAGAUGAUUAUAGACGUCAACGCGCCUUCUGAUGAUGAAGAGGAGAGUGAGGUAUCAACAAGUUGUGCUCGGUAUGGCUCUGGCAGCAGCAGCAGCGCCCCUAGUGGCAGCCAGGAGGUGGAGCAGCCUCAGGGUUUGGGCCACGCUGAGGAUGCUGCAGAGCACGAGCACAUGAAAGCCGUGCUGAGAACCAGCCUCAGUGGCGGUGACAAGGAGGUCAGUGCAGUCCCGGGGCUUCGGACAAGGACAAGAUCCCGGCCUGGAAGGGGAGGUCGCACUGUGCAGGCAUGGACUCCACCCGUGGAGGACGCUUCGAUCUGUGGAGAUGACGCCGCAGACGAGAUCAUGGAGCGUAUAGUGAGGUCCGCCACUCAGGGCCCAGGAACCAGAGCCCAGCCCAGAGAGAGGAGGAGGUCCAGGGCCAACCGCAAGUCAUUGAGGCGGACUCUGAAGAACGGUCUGACUCCAGAGGAAGCUCUAGCUUUAGGACUAACCGAUUCUCCAGAUGCACAAAUGUGAUCAUCGCCGUGGAAACACAACUACAAUCAUCAAAGCGACAUCUCCGUCAGCCAUCUGCCUUCACCACACUUUUCAGAGUUGUAUCCAGUCACAAACCCCUUUAGGAUUUUUGCCAGCUGCUAAUUUUGCCUGAUGUGUCUGAGUGAUGAAGCUGCAGCCAUGAUAGUGUUUAUUGUUAAUGCCGCACAAAGAAAAUUGGAAGUGAAGAAAGAGAAUGCGUCAAAUGAGGACUGAUGUAUUCAACAAGAAAAAGAAAAUUUAAAUUCAGUGAACUGCCUCUACACUAAAGUGAUACUUUUUUAUCUAAACAUGCAUUUGAAAUGUGGCAUCAGUCCAAAGGGAUGAUUUUUGCUUGAGUUUUUGCAGCUGUGACUUCACCAUUUUUCAUUUAUUUAAGCUGUGAAUUUAAGUCGUAAAAGUUGAUUUGUUCUCUUAUCCAGUUUUAAAUAAUCGCCAAGAGAUCACCACAAACAAAGAGGCUCACUAAGAAGGAUCCUUUGUGAGAAGGCAAAUGUUUGCUUCUGCAGCUGCCCGUUUGACAAGUGACGAGUGUAGCUGUGCUUCGUAGGAACGUGAAAGGUUUUCAAUCUGACGUGUGCCUUUCAUUUAAAAGGGACAGUAUUGUACCUUUUCGCCAUCUCCAUCUUGUUUCAGUCACCGCCUACUUCUCAGAUAACUCACAAAUGUCACGUUCACAGGUGCAGUUAUGUCGAGUGUGACUGUUGAUGAGAAUUAACUUUUUUUAUUUUGGCAAAAUAUUUAUUUGCAAAGCUCGGACAUGUUGCACCUUACUCAACAUUGAUAGUUUCUAAUGAUGAAAUGAACGACUGAUUCAAAGUACAGACAAAAGGAAGUAUUUAUCUCAGAGGAACUGUUUGUAAAGUGUAAAAAGACAAAAAGAUAAAGACAUUUUUUAAAUUUUAAUAAUCUAUUUUGAAGGACAUGCAGAUAAUUCUGCAUAAAAUGUGUAAAUGCCCUUGUCAGCUGCCAGGUACAAAGUACUCUCGUACUACAGUGUGCAUGUUUAGUGCGGUUCAUGUGAUGUAUUAUUUUUGUAAUUUCUGUAGAAACUUGUAUUAUAGUCCGAGAGAAAAGGGUAAAAAGAGGCUAUUCUGUGAAUUGUAAUAAAAGAUAAAAAGAAAUGACAGAUGUGGUCAUAGCUGAUACACGUGUUUGCUCGGGGCUGAGAGAGGGGAGCAAUAUUUGGGCAUUUACUUUGAACUCUGUGCUCACAUUGUACUUGAAAAGGAUUGUGGGUAAUGUAAGUCUCAGCUGAACCAUCUGCUCCUCUCACAGUGCAACAAAAACAGGGAAAUAUCGCUGCAUAAAUAUGAUGUGGUGAGCUGAAACCAUGGUUACAUACACUUUCACUUGAAAUGCUGUGUAUACACACUCUGCAAUAAAAAACAAAAACCA